AUGCCUUACCUCUACUGGGCCCCAGGGCCUCAGAAGCCCCCCGCCCCCAAGGAUGCCCGCAUCACCCACUCUUCGGGCCAGAGCUUGGAGGAGCUGAGGCAGGCGUGUCUGCAGAAGGGCGUUCUGUUUGAGGAUGCAGACUUCCCAGCCAACAGCUUCUACAGCGAGAGGCCCCAGCUCCCCUUCGCGUGGAAAAGGCCGGGGGUGAUCGCUGCCAGGGCGGGGAGGGUGCUGGUCUGGGAACGGCUCCUGUGGGGACAGGACGCUGUGGGCAAGGCUAAGGGUGCCGGACCUAAAGGGGAGACCCUGAGUGCUGGUGCCACCCUGCCGCUAACCUGUAGCCCGUCAGGCCCCCCCUACUGCCGCCAGGGGCCUUGCCACCCCCUGCUCAGCGCCCUCAUCGGACCCUCCCAUCGGGACGCCCUGUCCAUCUGGGAGGCCCUUCUCCGCGUGGGGAAUUCGGGCUCUUGCUCGGGGGCCUCGCCCACCAAGCCAUCUUGGCCCCCUGAAGCACGGUCGGCCGCCCUGUUUCAGCACUCGUGCUCUCUGCUUGGGGGCCGGGGAGUGGUGCACGAGAGCAACCAGAGCCAGGAAAGUCAUGGGACGUCCGGGGGUGCCGGAGAGGCACCUCGUCCCCCCGGGAGCCCAGGGCAAGGAGGCACCGAGGGGGAACCUGGGCCUGGGGUUGGGCCUGGGCUGACGGCCCCUGGCAGCCUGCGUGCACCACGGCACGUGGCUGAGACCUCGCUGCACAGUGGGGCUCCCUUUGGGGCUGCCCUCCCCCCAGAGGCCACUGCGCUCCAGGUACCCCUUCCCCCACCCCGUGCCCCCUUCUGCCUCGACGGCCCUGGGCACACGGCCGGGAUCUGCGCACAGCCGUGGAUCAACGGUGGUUUCAGGCUGAACGGGAGCUACGAGGCUCUGAAGGGGGGCAGCACCAUCGAGGCCAGGGAGGACUUCACCGGGGGCGUGGCAGAGACCUUCACAACCAAGGAGGCUCCCGGGAACUUCUCUGAGAUUCUAGACAAGGCCUUGAAGAGGGGCUCUCUGGUGGGCUGCUCCAUUGAUAUCAGAAAUGCUGCAGAAUCUGAAGCCCAGACACCUUUUGGUCUCAUUAGGGGUCAUGCCUACACAGUGAUGGGCGUUGAUCAGGUAAACUUCUGAGGCCAGAAAAUAGAGCUCAUCAGAGUCCGGAACCCUUGGGGGCAAGUUGAGUGGACUGGGUCCUGGAGCGACAGUUCUUCUGAGUGACAUUCCGUUGGCCCAGCCAAGCAAAAGCACCUGUGCCACACUGCUCUGGAUGAUGGGGAGUCCUGGAUGGCAUUCAGAGACUUCCAGGCCCACGUUGACAAAGUAGAGGUCUGUAACCUCACUUCUGAUGCCCUGGAGGAGGGUGCUGUCCGCAGGUGCGAGGUGACGGUCCGUCAGGGAAGCUAGGUGCGGGGCUUCACAGCUGGUGGCUGCCGCAACUUCCUGGAAACGGACAUCAAAUUCAAGAAGUUAAGCCUGACUUCCUGUAAAAACAUCAUUUCUCUAAUGGACAUCAGUGGCAAUGGGAAGCCAGCCUUUGGUGAAUUCAGAGUGUUCUGGGACAAGCUGAAGAAGUGGACAAAACUUUUCCUUCAGUUUGAUGCUGACAAAUCCGGCACCAUGUCCUCCUACGAGGUGCGGACCGCCCUGAAAGCCAUAGCCUUCCAGCUCAGCACUCCCCUCCUGCAGCUGAUUGUUCUCAGGUACGCAGACCAGGAGCUCCAACUGGGCUUCCAUGACUUCCUCAACUGCCUGGUACGGCUGGAGACUGCAAGCCGGAUGUUCCAGACCCUCAGCAUGAAGAACAAGGAGUUCAUUCAUCUCAACAUAAACGAGUUCAUCAUCCUGACAAUGAACAUUUGA